ACAUUUGCUUUCUUUAACUUCACUUCGAUAAAUUUGGAAAUCCUGUUCUUAAAUUCUGCUUAGUUACAAAAGUAUUCGCCGCAUCUAAUGUUUACUUGAAUAUUCCCAGGUCGGAGUUAAAAUUGUCAGAAUCAUUCGAUUCAGUGCUUUCACUGUAUUUCCUUGAAUCAGUUUAGCAAGCACGUACCCGCCUUCUUAUAACAUCAAGGAGUAUCGAAGUCUCUCCAGAAAAUCGCCCCAAGGGAAAACCGCCCGAGGCUUAAAAGUUGCCGUUUGAAAACGCGAGCUCGGGUGCUCGUUGGGCCCAUCACGUUUUCAUUCUACAUGUCGAUUUCAACAAUAAUACGGUUUGUGAAAUAGUUUUAUUUUAUUUUGCUAUUCGUUCGGAUAAAAGUAACAUAUCUCUAAUAACUGAUGUAGGAAUUCAUCUCUUUUAGGUGUAAUACAAUUCUAUUUUGGUCUUCCUAUGAGAAAACGAUCGUCAUUACCGCGCGUCGCUGAAAUACCGCUGUACAAACUUAUUGCUGAACAUCUAUUAACAAUAGAUACAUUGUUGUCCACAAAUAUUUGUUCUUUUUGUCCUGUUUAAGCUUGUAAAAAAAAUCAAUUUCCGCUAAAGUUACAUUUAUGUUUGCAUACGAGGAGGUUUCUUGUCAAUAACCUUUAGUCAGUUGUAUAGAAAGGCACUUUGCACUGAUACAAUUACCUCCAUCCCAUUUCGUUUCUCUACUAUAAAAUCGCUUAUCAUUGUGCUUGUCGUCUCUCCCUUCUUCGUUCGAAUGUCUGUCGUUUUUUUGUACUAAUUCAUUUUAUUAUCUUUGUUUUGUGCUGCUAUGUUUUCGAUAUUAGUAAUAUAUUCUCCAGUCAUUAUUUUCUAGUCAUUAUUUUUUACUUUUACUGUUUUAGACCGCUUACUUUUUCAAGAUAUCAUUUUGUUUCUAGCUGUAGUUCCUUUUUAGGCUCGUUCCCACUACCUCACCCUUUAACUGACUCACGAUUGCCAUCACUUAACAAAGUCGUGCUUUUUACGAUGAUUUUGCCAUCAAAAUUAAUAACCUCGUGCGGAUGGCGAUCUCGUAGCGAUAUCAUAUCUUAUACAACGUGACAAAAUCCUACAUAUCUAAUUUUGGCAUAUGGAACUCAACAUGUCUGAUAAUGUAUAUAUUUUCUGCAUUACUUUCAAAGGAAAAACUCCUUCCAAUGAUGUAAUUUACUAUACACUUGUAGUAAAUAUUUCGUCGAUUUUACAAUGGAAAGCGAUAUCGUAUUUAAGACGUCAAGAAUAGAUAUUUUGCUUUCUUGGUGAUAAGCCGGUAUAUAUAGUCGAUCCAUUAAAGUUUUGUUUUGAAAAACCAAGGAAGUAGGCUUUCAAUGCCAUUUCUUCUAGCACGAAUAUCGUUUUGAAAUAUUUCGAUCAAGAACAUUCGAAAACUGUAUUUUUUAUCAUAUAUAUCCCUAUAAAUAAUAGUUACUGUUGUUAUAACCCUUAGAAUAAACCUUUACAAACAAAUUGCAUAUUGUUUGAGUUGUAGCCAAGUUGUCUCUGCACCGCUUUUUUGUCUCUUUGAAGGUUUGUAACAAACUGAAGAUAAUCGGAUUAAUAGACGAUAUAUUAUCAUAAAUCACUAGUCGGUCUUGAAACACCAAAGCCGCUUUACAGAAAGUGCGGUGGAGUCAUUUAACGAACUCAUUUUCAAUCUGCUACAUCCACUGUCAAAAAAUAAGAGCUUUUUUCUUUACAACUACAAGUUUGAGAAAAGUCAAUUAGAAAAAGUACAAUCCACACCUCUUUUGCUGGAUUACCUGAUGGGUAUUUGCGCGUUUGCUAUCCAUUAUCAAGACAAGUUGGGCAAGCCAAACAUCUUGACUUGAAUGAUCAACCUUAGAAUUAAGCGUGUUUAUUGGUUUCCAAGAGCAAAAACCCAUUAGAAAGGGUAAACAGGGUAGACACGCUACAGUCAUCUUCAUACUGGCAUGAUCCAUAAGAUUACAUCCUAAGACUUCAUAAUGAGUCAAGGUAAUGCGUCGCUGGUCCAAGCCAACAGUACAACCCCUCUKCAAUUCAGCUUCCACUAUCACCUAAUUUUCAAAAUCUUCUCAGCAACAAUCAUGGUGAUCAUCAUCAUCGCAGCCUUGUUGGGCAARCUAUUGGUUUUGUACGCUUUUUUCAGUUAUCACCGUCUAAGAAACAGUGUAACCAACUACUACAUCGCAAGCUUGGCUUUUUCMGACUUACUAACGGCCGCGUUAGUGGUCCCRAUUGAACUGGAUAUAUUUAUUAAGGACUUUGUAUGGACCCAUGGUGAGGUCGUGUGUCGUAUGUGGUCCACAUUAUAUCUAUUAGUCAUCCCGGGUUCGAUCAUUAACCUAUGUGCAGUAACUCUUGACAGAUUUAUUGUUCUUAGAGUACCACUACGAUAUACUGAACUCAUGACUCCAAAACGCGCCAUGGUCGCCAUCAUACUAUUAUGGUCGUAUGCAUUGAUUACGGCCUGUCUUCCUGUGCUUGGCUGGAGGAGCAAAGAGUUUCCAUAUUUCGUUAUCACAUAUUUGAAUGGCUUGAACUGCGUCUUUGUCCUGACUAAGGGAUACGUAAUCUUGAUUAAUAUCGCCAACUUUCUCAUUCCAAUGAUUUUUAUGGCAAUUUGUUGGUCAUUGAUCUAUCAAAUAGCAAGAAAACACCAAAGAAGGGUAAAGAAGUUAGCUCGAAGCAUGUCUGUGAAUGAGACGACAAUGACCUUAACAAUGACUAAUGGUGCUAAUGGCGGAACAUCCAUGUCAGAUGGACAGCAGACAAAGAAAUCAAUAAAAAAGCAUUUAAAAGGGUCGAAAUACAUUGCAAUUAUCGUUGGACUGUUCUUCCUGUGUUGGCUACCAUAUACCUUAUUAAGUCUAGCUGUAUCUAUAUGCGGAGAUGUAUGUUUUGAUGGAACUCCUCAAGAAGUAUCACAUAUUCUCUUGGUUAUGGGCUAUCUGAACUCGGCCUUAAACCCAUACUUAUACCCAUUCCACGACAGACAAUUCAAAGAAGCAUUUAAGAACAUAUUUUAUGAUAUACAAAGUCUCAAGAUAUGGGAAAUAUUUCGCCGGAGAGACUCAACUUAAAUAUCAGUACUAUUUCAAAGACUGUUUACAACGAGCUUAAACACUCCGAGAAUAGGACUCGUACUGAGGGCGGUUGCACAGCAAUGAGUAAUGUUAUUCUCGGCAUAAUGCUCACCAUACACAGGGUAUUGAAACGAUAACGCAAUGCGCAUACACCAAGCGUUUGGCGGGAAAUUCUCAGAAGUAUCUUGUUCAAGGACUAUGAAGUCAGGAAAGCCAAACAGAUUUACCACGAACUGCAAUUUCUUUCCUAAUUUAAGUCAACUUUUAAUUCUAGACGCUUAGGAUAAACUAAUUUAGCAGUUUUGCUAUCCCCUUAAUAAUUAAUAGCACACUUUUGCACUAUUGAAUAAAAUAACCAUCAGCGGCUUGUUUUAUCUUCUAGACUAAAGGCACUUCUAAAACUAAUCAGCUUGCAUCAAUGAUAUCAUAAAAUGAUAAUGAUAUGAUAAUGAUAACUAAAUUGUUAAGUAAAAUAUUGUAGAGUAAGUCAACAGUUAAUUCGCGAUAUCAGUUUGGCAGCCAUUUUGAAUUUUUUAGCCUUUGACUCGUGACGUGGCCUUUUUUGGUAAAAAUGUUUAAUCAUCGCGGAGGAUUUUGUAUUGUAUGUCUGUUGGCGGUGACAUCAAAUCUCACAAGACUCAUUUGCUCAACGCUUUCAUUAGUGGUAAUGAGAAAUGGGUCUCCUCGUGAUAGUACCUAUUAAACCAGGAUUACCCAUUGAACUAUUCUCUAAUAGAUGCACGAGAUCAUUUUCUCCUGCAGAGCCSAGUUGUUCAAAUGCUCUACUUCCUCCUGUUAAUCCUUAUAAGAGAUAAUACUUAUAUUUAAUGGAACCUAUUAACCAAGGAUUAACCGACUAAUCUCCCUUUGAACAACGAGCGCACUGAACAGAUUAGACUAAAAGAUGGUUUCUAGAUAGUUUGAGUGAUAACAUUUUUGAACAGAGAAUUUUUAUUCGUCCAUCUUACCCGAACGAUGACCGACUAUCUAGAGGCUAUCGGGAUGAUAUUUAUUUCUUGCGAACCACGUUCAAUAUCAUAUGGAAUCGUAGACCUUUUACUAAACGAAAUCAAUAUCUCGAGUCACUUUGGAGGAAUYCAAGCCAAAUUACCCAUUUUAACAGAAAUCCAGAUCAUUGSCCACAUCGUAAAUUCGAUUACUUCAGGCUAAUAUAAAGAUUUAUGGUUUAGUAAAAUGGGUCUAUAGUGAUCACAGUCACGUGACYUCGAGUGUUUUAAUGCCCUAUACUGUAAGGGAGUAAGGGGGGUGCAUUCCUCCCUUGUAAGUUAUAUGUGAGGGCGUCUAAUCAUGCGUGUAUCAUAGACGGACAUACUUGUAAAUAUACGUUUAUGUAUUGCUGUAUUAAAGGUCGGUAUAUAACAAUG